AUGUUUUACCAGGACCCAAGAACGAAACUGGAUUACCUAUUACAUUUGGUUGAUACACCAGGACAUGUUGAUUUCCGUGCAGAAGUCUCUAGAUCAUAUGCAUCUUGUGGUGGAGCGCUGCUACUUGUUGAUGCUUCCCAAGGUGUUCAAGCUCAAACCGUUGCCAACUUUUAUUUAGCAUACAGUAUGGACUUGAAGCUUAUCCCUGUCAUAAAUAAAAUUGAUUUGGAUAUUGCAGACAUCAAGCAAGCCGAAGAGCAGGUUGAGAACAUGUUUGAAUUGCCGAAAGAAGAUUGCAUCAAGGUUAGCGCUAAAACCGGCUUAAAUGUCGAACAAUUACUACCUGCUAUUAUUGACAGAAUACCACCACCCCAGGGCAAGAUUGAAAAGCCCUUGAGAGCUUUGCUUGUAGAUUCAUGGUAUGAUUCAUACCUAGGUGUUGUGCUUCUUGUGCAUAUCGUCGAUGGUACUGUGAAGAAGGGAGAUAAGAUAAUCACAGCGGCUAAUGGCUUGAAAUACGAGGUAAAAGAAUGUGGAAUCAUGUACCCUGAUAGAGUUGCAACAAAUUCUUUAAAGUCAGGACAGGUUGGGUAUCUGGUUCCAGGUAUGAAAGAAUCAAAAAAUGCCAAAAUUGGAGAUACUUUGAUGCAUCAAGGUAAAGAAUCCAUAACUGAAGUUUUACCAGGUUUCGAAGAACCAAAACCGAUGGUUUUCGUCGGUGCAUUCCCAGCCGACGGAGCUGAGUUUAAGGCUUUAGACGAUGAUAUUAGUAGAUUGGUAUUAAAUGAUAGAUCAGUUUCAUUACAAAGAGAGACCUCAAAUGCGCUAGGUCAGGGCUGGCGGUUGGGAUUCUUAGGCUCAUUACACGCUUCAGUGUUCACUGAAAGGUUAGAAAAAGAGUACGGCUCAAAAUUGAUUAUCACUCAACCUACGGUUCCCUUUCUCAUCAAGUACAAAGAUGGGACUCAAAAAAUAAUUACAAAUCCGGAUGAUUUCCCGGAUCUUUCGACUAGAAAGUCUAAUCUAGAAGCAUUGGAAGAACCGUUUGUUGAAGCCAUAAUGACUUUACCCCAAGAAUAUUUAGGGAAGGUCAUCCAACUUUGUGAUGAUAGCCACGGAAUCCAAAAGGAAAUCACAUAUCUUGAUAUGACUGGUCAAGCUAUGCUACGAUACGAACUUCCUUUGUCGUAUUUAGUUGAUGACUUUUUUGGCAAAUUGAAAUCUGUUUCAAGAGGUUACGCAUCGCUUGAUUAUGAAGACAUAGGCUAUAAACCAAGUGAUAUAGUAAAACUCGAACUAUUAGUUAAUGGAAAGAGUGUUGAUGCUCUUGCUCAAGUUAUGCAUAGAGACCAAACGGAACACAUUGGGAAAGAAUGGGUCAAGAAAUUCAAGAAAUUCAUCAAAUCUCAACUUUUUGAGGUGGUGAUCCAAGCCAAGGCAAAUAACAAAAUUAUUGCAAGGGAAACUAUCAAAGCUAGAAGAAAAGACGUUCUAUCAAAGCUUCAUGCCAGUGAUGUGUCUCGUAGAAAGAAGCUCUUAGCCAAGCAAAAACAAGGGAAAAAGAAUAUGAAAACAGUUGGUAACAUUCAAAUAAACCAAGACGCAUUCCAGUCAUUUUUACGUCGUUAA